GGAGGCAUAGGGCAGUGGUACGAAAGGCCAUUGCUUCUACUGCUAAAAGGACGAGUGUACGAUGUGGCUCAGUUUGCUGGCAAACAUCCAGGAGGCGAAAAGGUGUUAAGAAAACUAGCCGGCGAAAAUGUGGAAGAAUUCAUGCGAGGUGAGAGGCGCAUCCUCGGAGUGAGACAUGAGCAUUCCGAGGCAGCCUAUCAAAUGAUGGAAAAGUAUGACGUGGAGAACUUUCAAAAGGAUGAUCCAACAUUGCAUUCGAAGCAAGGCGUCUUGUCUAAGGUGGGAAGUCUAGGUAACAAUUACUGGAUGUGGAUUCAUCAGCCCUACGAAGGAACUUUGAGACUGUUCGAUUCGGAUUUUCUUGAGUCGUUAACGCGAACAGCAUGGUGGGUUGUUCCAGCUGUAUGGCUACCGAUGGUUGUGAUAUUCAGCUUGCUCGCUUUGGCUGACAUGUAUAGCCGACUAUAUCAGGGCGCACUCAUUUGGGCCAACUGUUUUGUAGCUGGAGUUAUUGUUUGGACACUUGUUGAAUACGCUCUUCAUAGAUGGGUUUUCCAUUGGAAGCCCAAUCCAGAAUCAUCUUCACAAAUUGUUCUUCAUUUUCUACUGCAUGGACUACAUCAUAAAACUCCGAUGGACGGUGACCGCUUAGUAUUUCCUCCAGUGCCUGCCCUCUUCGUUGUUGCAUUCUUCUAUGCGAUCUACUCUAAUAUUCUUCCAUGGCAUAUUUUCUGUGCCUUCGGCAGUGGAAAGCUAUUUGGUUAUAUUGGCUACGAUAUGAUACAUUAUUAUCUUCAUCAUGGAUCCCCUCGCCCGUUGACAAAUAUGCACUACAGGAAGGUUUAUCAUCACAACCACCACUUUAAGGACUUUGAUGCAGGAUUUGGAAUUUCUACGUCACUCUGGGAUUAUGUUUUUAGUACUGUUGGAAUGGGUCCACUUUAG